AAUUAAACAAAAAAGGUGUAAAAAAAAUAAUUUUCACAAAAAAAAAGAAAAAAAUUCACCGCAUAAAAUCUUCACGUGGGUGUGGGACCCUUUGAGCAGCGCUAAAAGCAUAACAUUACUGUUAUAUCCGAGCAUCCACACACCAGAUUCUCUCUUUCUCUGGUGGUAGGGGUUUUUUUUGCCCUUUUCUUAGUCUGUCAAUCCCUGAGAAACCAGUUGAAGAAAGAAGCACAAAUUCUCCAAACUACAAAGAACGAUUAGGCUGCUUCUUUCUGAACUCGGCUUCUUCUCCGGCUUCAAAAGUUCGUCAUGGGAAGAGGAAAGUUCAAGGCCAAGCCCACUGGGCGUCGCCAGUUCUCCACCCCCGAAGAGCUCAUUGCUGGCACCUCUGCUCGUCCUCGUACGUUUAGACAGGAAAAAGCCGAAGUGGAAGAAGAUGAGCGAUUGGAAGAAGAAUCUGAGGAGGAGUCUGAUGAAGAACCUGAAAAGCGAAAAGGUACCGAAGGUGUCAUUGAGAUUGAGAAUCCUAAUUUGAAUAAAGCAAAGACUCUGAAAGCUAGAGAUGUUGAUAUCGAGAAAACAACUGAACUUUCAAGACGUGAAAGAGAAGAGAUAGAAAAACAGAAAGCUCAUGAACGAUAUAUGAGACUGCAAGAACAAGGGAAAACUGAACAAGCAAGGAAAGAUUUAGAGCGUCUAGCCCUCAUAAGAGAACAAAGAGCAGAUGCUGCUAAAAAGCGAGAAGAGGAAAAAGCUGCCAAAGAACAGAAGAAGACUGAAGCUCGGAAAUGAUUUUGACGGGUGCACGUAAAUUAUUAUGUCAAACAAGUACUUCUGCUCUACAAGAAAUUUUUGUCAUUCAGUUGGCAUAACCAUAAUAUCAAGGAUUCAUAUUUUCCUUUCUGGUAGUUGUUAAAACUGAUGUUGCCUUUGUUAUGGAUCACCAUAUAACCAUGAUAUCAUAUUUUCGAAAGAGUAGAACUGAUUGUUUGACCAUAUGUUGGAAGAAUCUUUCCAAGAAUUAUUGUUGAUUGCCAAUACAGUUCAAGAGCAAUGGGUGGUGUGGGUGAGAGUUAUUUGACCCAUCUAGAUGUUAGCACACGUGGCAAUUAAGAUUAUCCUUGUGGCUAACAAUUCUUUGAUCAUGAAUAUUUAUUCAUAUCUGUUUGGGGUUUCUUGGUGUUAUAAGAUAAAUUCCUUGUGUGGUUAAUUUUCUGAAAAUGUUGAACUUCUGGACACAAUUUGGAUAUAUUGCAGGAG